AUGGAUUAGUAGGAAUCAACAAGAUCGAUCAACAAAAGUUAAAUUUCAAUUGAUAUAAGUAUAGGUACUUCGCGUUACUAAGAUAAAUUCUAACCUUAAUUAAUUCAUAUAAUAAACACUAAUCAUAUUCAAAAGAACAAAUGGGAUAGUUAGGACCAAAGUUCUGUCUAUGAGAAAUGGCAUGAAGAUAUUGCACAUGAUAUGCAGAUGAGACAAACCAGAGUAACUUUAAAGAAAGCAUCAAAUUAUUAUACAGCCUCUUAAUUUCCAUAAGAUAGAAUUAGAAUGCAAGAAGCAUCAACGUAACAAGAAACUAGAUUCGAUUAGAUACAAGUAGACUUUUAGAGGAGUGUUGAGAAUAUUCAUUAACAUCCAAAAAUCCCAAUUAUAAUCCAACCCGUAAGUUUUGGUAAUUCUUAAAACUGA